AUGACUUCGACUGAGAGGAGAGCAAGCGACGCAGCGACUGCCGCACCCAUGGCGGAUUCAUCGCCAUACUACGACCUUGUCUGUGUCGGCUUUGGCGCUGCUCAACUCGCCACAGCCAUCGCCAAUCGCGAAUCUAAGACGCCGUCCAAAAUGCUUUUCGUCGAGCAGAAGAAAUCCUUCUCAUGGGGAUCGACAUCCAACAUCUCGAGAACGCGAAUGGAGAGCCCCUUCAUGUACGACCUGGCGACCCUGCGCAACCCAAGGACUGCUUUCAGCUAUGUCAACUAUCUGCUCGCUCGUAAACGUCUCAUCGAGUUCUCAAACUCGGAUCGUCUCAACCCUUUACGAGAAGAAUUCGAAGACUACAUGAGGUGGUCCGCCGAGCACUUCAAAGACGAAGUUCGCUAUGGCAGCGAAGUCGUUGGUGUAGCGCCAGAGGUUGAGGCAGAUGCUGUGCAAAGCUGGAAGGUGGCCGUCAAGGACAGCGCAGGCAAGACAUACGUGGUGCGGGCGAGGAGUCUUGUCGCACCCUCCCCAACAAGAGCGAGCAGUCCAGCUGCGCAGCCAUUACCGACUGUCGACUUCCUAUCCGGGCAGCGGAUUAUCUCCAUGAACGAGUACCCCAGCAGGCGUAACGAACUGCGAGGCGCCAAUGAGCCACGACUCAACGUGUCUCUUGUUGGCUCAGGCGAAAAGACUGCCGAGGUGCUGGACGACCUCCUGACGUGCUCGCGUCUAGGAAACAUUACCGUCGUGACAGAGGACGAAUCGCUGGCCCCUUUGACGGUUCUCGACGACACGAAGCCCUCGCAACCCCAACUUUGCUCGAUCUGGGCCAAACCAACUAACGCGCAGCCAGCUUCCGUCACAGAAGCAUCGGAGCUCAUCCAGACGAUUUACAUGCGCGCGUACGAGAAGCUAGUCCAGUCCAAGGGCGAGUUCAGACUGCGCGUCAUCAUUGGGAAGGACGCUGCUGCCGCGUGCUCACAUUCCGACUUCAUCAUCAGGGAUACGGCAGCAAGUCCGCUUUCGAACACAGCAUUGUUCCAGGGCAUUGAUUCGCUCAUCCUGGGCUGCCGGCCAAAGGGAGAGAGCCUGGAGGAAGUGCAGUUCAAGCGUGGCGCCGUCGCGGAGGGCUGCCGGCUGUGGCUGGUGUCCUCGAAGUCAGAGGGCGGACGUGCAUUGGCCAAGGACAUUGCCUUGAUGGCCGGCGAGAUCGUUGGCAAGGCAGCGACAGGGUCAUCUGAAGUACGGGAUGGCGCCGGACUACAGGUCCAGGCUAGGAUAUAG